GGCAGGGCGAGGCAAGAGAUUCAUAGGAGGGACGAUGACUUCCACCGAGAGCCAACCGUAGUCCUCACGAGGUCGUGGCAUGGAUCCCCAAAGCAGGACAGUGGAGGAUGAAGUAUGCCCUAGCCCCACAUCGGCCUUUCAUCGCGAUACAAUACCCAAUGAGGCCUCAGCGAGGCCAGAACCAACGCCCUCUCGCUUGGCACCGACACUUUUCCCCCGGGAAAGUGGUCCAAACAAUGAAUCCCUUUACCUACGGAAACCGAGAGCGUCUUAUACAAGCAGAGGAAUGCCUCCCACCGACACAUCUACCACUAGCUGCCAAACCGAUGAGGCGUGGAUCACUAAAGUGAGGAAUAAUAUAAAUUUAGCACAACCUAGGGACCAUCCCAACGGACCUUGCACCAUCUUUAAGGUCCCCGAGCACAUCCGACAAUUGAAUCGUGAAGCCUACGAACCAGUGAUUGCUUUCCUCGGACCUUUUCACCGCAACAGCCGCGAGAGUUCCUUCAUGAAGUGCUACAAGUGGCAGUGUGUCCGGCACCUUCUAUCGCGUCAUCAAAGUCAGGAGCAAGAGAGUCAAUUGUUGAACAAGUGCUUGUUGGAGUUGAAGAAAAAGGUUGACAAGGUCCGGAGCUGCUACUCUGAGGAAUUCUCCGAACUGGAUGCCGAAGAUAUGGCAGUGAUCAUGUUGCUUGAUGGGUGCUUCAUCAUUUAUCUCAUGUGUCCCAUGAAGGAAUCAUGGAAUCCAAGGAGACUACAGCGUAUGAUGGAGAAGAGGGAAGGGGAGGUUGUUUUAAAUAUCGACGAGAAGGAUGAACAGCUUGAGGGCCCAACUAUGGCAGGGCUGUUCACUAUUGAUGUAGUGAUUUAUGAUCUGUUGAAGCUUGAGAACCAAAUUCCUUUCUUCAUCAUCAAAUUGCUAUUUGAUCUUCUCAAACCAUGCGAGGAUGGAUAGAUUAAUCUUGUUGACCUUGCUCUCCAGCUUUUCAAGGGCAUCCAUCCCGAGGAAUCCGAAUCAUUCAAGAAGUUUAAGAAGAAGUCCCCCGGUGAAUACCAUCAUCUGCUCCAUCUAUUUUAUUCAUCUCGGAUCCCUUCAAAAAAGCCAGCAGAGUCUACAUCGGCACCAGGGGAAGCUGCAUCUGGAUGUAUUCCUGAACUCAUGAAGUGCAAGCGGAAGAAAGCAGAAGCUGAUCCUUCACGAGAAUCUGCACUCGAGUGAAUUCCUAGUGCGACGGAGCUUGACAGGGGGGGGGUGAAGUUCGAGGGGAAGAAACCGGAAGACUGUUUC